AUGAAGCUCCUCUCGCUGCUCCUCUUCUUCCUAGGACUGACCCUUGCCAGCUGCAACCUGGCCCAGUUUGCAAUGAUGAUUAAGCAGAAGACGGGGAAAUCGGCGCUGGCUUACAACGGGUACGGCUGCUACUGCGGCUGGGGCGGCUCCAAACAGCCCCUGGAUGCCACUGACAGGUGCUGCCACGCCCACGACUGCUGCUACAAGAAAUUGGUCGCGUCCGGCUGCAGCCCCAAAACGACCACCUACAAUUACAGCUUCCGAAGAAACCACAUCACCUGCGAAAAGGGGAACUCGUGCCAGAAGCGGACGUGUGCAUGCGACAAGAGGGCAGUGGAGUGCUUCAAGAGGGCAGCCGGCUCCUACCGCAAAUCCUACAGCAACUACCCCAACUACAAGUGCAGGGGCAAGACACCCUCCUGCUAG